AUGGACAGUGGUAUUGAUAUGCGAGAGGUGUCGCAUUCAGCCUCUCCGUGUUCCUCACGUGUGGAGGUCUAUUCCACUGAUUCUGGGUCAGCAUCCGGUGCCGAAUCCACAGAGUCAUCGGGAUCUUCAAAUGAGCGGAGAAGUGAUUCCACAUCGAACACACAGACAUCUGGUCAAAGCACUUCCAGGAAUGCCCCAACGGGAAUCAAUGCUCUCAAGCUUUUUAUCGGACAGAUUCCCAGAUUUAUGAAUGAAGCUGAUAUCAGACCAAUGUUUGAGGAAUUUGGACCCAUUUCUGACAUUUUAGUGCUAAGGGACAAACUAACUGGAAUUCAUAAAGAUGAGUGCUAUGAUAAAGCUGCUUAUCAUCAACCGUAA